GGGGCGGAGGGUGACGUAGUUUAGCGCUGUCAUGGCGGCCGCCACCGCUCACCUCCUGCUGCUCCUGCUCUGCGCCGCCGCCGGCCCCGCGCUGGGCUGGGACCGCCCGGGGAAGGUUCUGCUGAGGGACAUACAGGCGCUCACUCUCCACAGAGGGCAGUACACGACGUCCCGGCGGACACCUGCGGUCCCACAGCUGCAGUGCACGGGAGGCACUGCGGGGUGUUCCCGUGUCCCUGAGGUGGUUCAGUGUUACAACAAAGGUUGGGAUGGCUAUGAUGUACAGUGGCAGUGCAAAGCAGACUUGGACAAAGCCUACCGCUUUGGACACAUAGAAGUGAGCUGUGAAGGCUACGAUUACCCGGAUGAUCCUUACAUCUUGAGAGGCUCCUGUAGUUUGCUGUUCAGGCUAGAGCUGACUGAGGAAGGUGAAAGGAAGGUGAAGACCUCUGGAAGCUUUGGUUCUAGCUAUUAUCAGUCAAGGCAUGAUUCUUCUGAUUCUGGUUCUGGAGUGAUUGUUGUAAUAGUUCUUCUUGCUCUUGCUUUUGGAGUAUACAAGUUCUUCCUCAGCAAUCAGCAGCCUCAGCAGAGUCCCGGUGACAGUGAUGGAUUCGCGAGGCCGUUCUGGCAGAGUCAGCAGGCACCUCCUCCUCCUGGCUUUAAGUCCAGCUUCACAGAUGACAAUAGCUUUGGAACUCAUUCCCAUCAUGGAGCCCAUUCAGGACCAGGAUUUUGGACUGGAUUAGGAGCAGGAGGCUUGCUAGGCUACUUGGCAGGCAGUCACAGAGCACAGCCACGUUCCCCAUAUUACAGUAUGUGGACAGAUCCCACAGCUGCACCUCCUAUGAAUGAGCACUCAAGCAAUUCCACACAAGGUAGCAGUUCAGGAACAAGAACUGCUUCUGGCUUUGGGGGCACAAAACGAAGAUGAAAUCCUUGACGUUAUUACAUCGGAGUCAUUGAACUGAAUCUUCCUGUGCACUUGUAUUUAUUUUAUUAAUAGUAGGUUUCAGAAGGGAAUGUGAAGUAUGAAAGACUAGGCAAAAAGAUCCUUUCUUUCUUUGUGGAAAUGUGGACUCUCACUGCUGUGUAGGAUAUCACAAGUGUUGGAACAUCCACUGUUUCAAAUCAGCAGCUUCUCAUACAGAAUAAAUCCAUCCAAGUUAAGAAAAAUUAUGUUACAGUGACUAUAUAUCUGACUGUACUUGAGGGAUUAUGGCAAUGAUAGCCUUACCAGAUUUUUUAACAAGUAGCUUGCUAUUCAUGUUCUGGGCUUAAUUUCAUUUGAUCUAGAAUUUCUGACGUAUUUCUUUCCACCUCUUUCUUGGUAGUCCAGCAUCCACCUGAUACCUAAGGAGUGCUGCUCUUUGAAGCUACUUUUGUUCGUCAUUGUAGAAUUCAUGUGAACUUUACUGUAAGUGCAGUCAGCUACUCAGAUAAGUGUUGCAGUUUUUCCUCAGUGGAAAAGAGUAAAACUGUAUAUAGAGAGACUAACAUUAAUAUGUUUGUAUCUGUGAUGUGUGACUGUUGGAGCUAAAAUUUGCAGAUUUGAGGAUGCUCCAUGUUUUAGAGCUUAUCCAAGGUGACUGUGCAAACCUAGGGUAUUUUGCGUAUAAAUUAGGGGGGAAGUAAAUAAGUAACCUGAAAAGAGACAAGAUGGUUUUUCUCUGAUUUGAACCUUUUUCUGGAAGACUGAGAUAAUUUAAAUUCAGGUGAUAGCAGACAUUUUGCCAGCAUUGAGGCCACAGGCUUUGCUUUUAAUGGUGGAUGUUGGCAGUGCUGUGAAAACUUCUGAUGUGAAUGAUCUGUCCUGCUAGAUGACCUGUCUAUGACACAGUAAACCAAAGGUGCUUAUUGCAAAGGGAAGGGAGCAUUCUUAAUCCAGAGCUGGUAGAAUCUCUAGAGCACAGCAGGCCUUGAUACUAAGCAAAAAAGAAAAUUGCGUGUCUAACAGGAUGGAAACUUUACCCGGUAUACUUUUUCAAAACAGAGUGCUGUUAAAGAGUGGGAAGCAGAAAAGCUUUAUUCUGUGAUGAUAUUUUGGGGGCUCUGAGAAGUAUCAUACAGUUCUUGUGUGAUUGACACUGCCCUGGGAGAAGCAUUGCUGAAAAGAAAGCAGAGAAGUUUCUCAGGAUUGUGGGAAGAGGGCAAGAGUGAAAAAUGGGCUGCUUGACCCCCAGGUCUUCUCCAGAACUCAUCCUAAUAGAGUGUAGAAGUGUGUGCACAGAUUUUGUAUGCUGGCAGCAGCAGGAGGAGCAUAGCUUUCAGCCUUGUGAAAGUAAAGUGUCUGGGAAUUGAUAUAAACUAUUACAGUGAAAGCAAAGCGCUGCUUUGCUGAUACAAGUUGCACCUCCACAAGGAGAUAUAGCAGGUCUGGUUAGUUUCUAAGAAAGUGACUUCAGCAUAACUAAUCUGAAAGCAGCUAUGAGUACAGAAAAAAUUGGCUCAUAUGAUUAUGCCCAAGUUCAAUGUCUGGCUUACUCAAACAAAAGAAAACCAAAGAAGAAAACAAAACCAAAAUAAACAAGCAAACAAAACCAUCAAAAAACAUAGAAGUCUGUAUGAAGUCAACAGAAGCUAUGAAAAAGUGCUUGCACUGAAAAUGUUAUUUUGAAAAUAUCAAAUGAAAAGUGAUAACUUGAGGGUAAAAUGGUGGUUUGCUUCUCAGAGCUGCCCGAGGGUUGGGGAAAAAUAACUGCAUUAACAGUUGCAAUCUGCAUUAUGAACCUAAAACCAAAAAGGGAAUACCUUACCGAUGGCCUGUUAGAAAGUUCUACUUUUUAUGAGAAGUAGUAUAUGGUAAAUCUCUUACCUUUUUGACAAAGUGUAGCAAAAUAAUGUAUUUUAAAUGUGGAGUUUUUACUUAUUUCUAAGUGUAUUCAGGUUGAAACUUGUCACAGUCAAUAUUCUCUUUGCCAACUAAUUACCUAACAAUGAAACUGGAUUUUUGCUAACUGGGUAGUUUGAAGCUGAAGUUAGCUCUCAAAUUACAACGUGCUAUGAAAUGUGUUAGACUAUGUUUUCGUAUGUAUUUAUAGUUUCUGCAUGAAAUGUGAUUUGAUACAUGAACCUGAUGAAUACUGAAUACAGUUUCCAAAUCUGUAGGAUAUUUUUGCCCUUCCCUUUGGUAAUGAAAUAAGUGAAUAAGGAGUACUUUUUUCUUUUAAGCAUUAUCUCGAGGCUUGCAGGGAUGGCGUGUUCUGUUUUUUCAGAGUUGUCUGUCUCCGUCCACUUCCCGGGUGGUGUAAUAUCAUCCUUUACCCCCAGACCCAGAGUGGGUAAGCUGUAUGUUGUUUCAAUAAAAUAAAACAAUUCUGGGAACAGAGUUAUUAUACUGAUUAGAUUUUCAAUAACAAAAUACUGAACACUGUACAGAAUUAAAUGCUUUCUUGUAAAUCA